GGUGCGCGUUCUUUGGGUAGUGAGUUGUGUGGUGUGGAUCGUCAAAUUAAAAUUUUGAUUUUUGGUGCACUUUUUUGUUCGAAUUUUAAUUUUUAUAAUAACUCAAAACGACCCGGAAAAACAUCCUCCUUCAUCUUUGGUGCAUUUUCACAUGGUCUGCAGAGGAAAUGCUCAAAAGUGAAUACAAGGAUUUGAAUUUAAUCAGUCAGCGGUGCCGAUCACCUCGGUCUUGAUCGGCUGAAGAAAAAUGGCCACAUGCCACCCCCGACCACCCUUACAACACUUGCAGCAUCCACAAUUGCAGGAGGCGAACGGCGUCGGUGCUGUUGGCGUCGGCCUUGGCCUAGGAAAUAUCGGUACUCAGUCCCAGGUUACAUCCCAACAAUCUCACUACCCUCCACAUCUUCUAAACUGGGUUUACCUAGCCAUCGCCGAUCAGAAUCCUCCUCAACCUCCAGAUCAGACAAGAAGCAACAAACUUCUUCCAGCGGUAUGGGGAAAUUUUCCAACAGCUUCGUCUCAGACUUACUUGCACCAGAACAAUGUAAGUCCAGUGGCACCCAUAGGACCAGGAAGCUUGGCAGACAGUAUAGGAGACUUAGCGGAACACUUUACGGAACUUGGUCUCUUGGAACGAAAGCCCACAAAACGACCACCUUCAACAUAUUUAUGUCACUUGUGCUUUAAAAAAGGUCAUUACAUCAAAGACUGCCCUCAGGCGCGUCCGAAGGGCGAGGGUUUAACGCCCUACCAGGGUAAGAAGAGAUGCUUCGGGGAGUACAAAUGCCCGAAAUGUAAACGCAAAUGGAUGUCAGGCAACAGUUGGGCGAAUAUGGGGCAGGAAUGCAUCAAGUGUCACAUUAACGUCUAUCCACACAAGCAGGUGAGUCUUGGGGUCGCAUCUGCAGCUACAUCCCCGUCUCACGUGCUGCUCUCACCCUCGCCCUCCCUAUAUCGCCCGCUGGAAAAACCAGAUGGCUUGGACGUAUCCGAUCAAAGCAAAGUACACCCGCAACAUCUCUGCGAAAAAUGCAAGACAUUAGGAUAUUAUUGCAGACGUGUGCAAUAAAUAAAUUGCGUUAUUCUACACACGCCUUAUAUUCGUACUUUAACGAUCGUGUACUUAAACGAUGGGUUGCGAUACUUACGAAGGAUAAGUAACUUAAUGUCAUAAUAACUUUAGAGUUUUCGAAAAAAAAGCCAAAAUUACUCUAUAAGUUUUAUGAAAAUAAGUCCGAAGAUUUAUUUCAUCAGAAUAUUCAAAUUUACGAGUUGGAAGUUGAGUUGUUUAUAAUGGGAAAAAAGUCAAAGCUAAGUUUGUAAUCGUAGAUCGUUUGUUCGAAGAAUGCAAAACAGAAACCGUUCUAUCGCACCAAUGAAAGUUAUCUGUCCCUUUUACUGAUAUAAGUUAUAAAUCCACGCCUAACUUAAACAUGGUGCGAAGGGGCGGUUGAUCUUAUAUUUGUUGUUUCUCGCGCUAUUUGUAGCCUGGCUAAGUUUAGAGAACCAUAGGAACUCCUGAGAGGAGGCAAGGUGCUUCGCCAAGCUAUUUACGUUUGACUGGAUCGUAUCAGAUAGAAAGGAAUUACGUUAUAUGCGCCUACAUUUUCAAUGAUUUGCAGAAAAACAUAUUUACCAACACACCUAUAUCUCUUCCUAUUUGUGGAUCCAGAUCGGAAUCUCAAAGAAAAAUUCAUUAUUUUAAAUUAUAAAAUUCAUACCAGAGGUGAGACCGGUGAAAUGAAGCCUAUAUCCCGCGGAUUUAUGUGUUCUGUAUAAACUGGGUCCAGUCCGCGGGUCACUUAAUCUGUAUAAAUUCGUAUUAUUCAAUAUUUUAUACAUAUAUAUUUAUAUAUAUUUCAGGUUGUAUAUGUUAUAAUCAUAUUCUGUAUAAUUAUUUACUCACCAGGUGCCAUGACAAAGAGAACUUUAUAUACAAAGAAUUAUUAUUGUAUAAUUAAUAUUGUUAUUAUUAUAUCGCUGUACCAAACAUACAAGCCAAAGAUACUGGA